UCGUUGUUGGCUUGUUGCUCCACUGUGGAAGAGUAUAACAAGUGUAAACUGCACCCGAAAUUUGGAACAUGUACAAUUUGGUUAGGGUUUAGUUUUAAUGGCGAAUCAGCUGUACGGCUACGAAUCGGCCACGACUAAAUCAGCAGCAGCAGCGGCGGCCAAGGCAAAGUCGACUCUCUCUUCUCUCUUCGGCACCACCAGGUCUCGCUCGGAGACAUAUUUAUCUGAUACGACUCUCCGAUACCUGAGCGCCGGGUCGGAUUCUCUUGUAUCGGACCUUACCAGCAAGUACUCCUCUAUAGGAACCUCCUCCACCAUGUAUCACCAUCUAGCGCAAACGGCUUCGCUUUUGGCUUCUUCUCAGCAGCAUCAGGCCACGUGGCCUCCAGGAGUCGAUGUUCCUCCCGCUCCUGGCGUUGAACCCCUUCUGCCUCCCGGCGUCAAACGCUCUUCCGACGUGCUGUACCAUCCGACUCUUUUGGGCGCCCAUGACACAAUUGGGCAAAGUGAAGCUUGGUAUACUACCACCUCUUUUGCCAAGCGGUAUAGAUUGGAGAGUACAAGCCAUUUGCCUAUAUAUCCACAGAGACCAGGAGAGAAAGAUUGUGCCCACUAUAUGCAAACAAGAACCUGUAAAUUUGGAGAUAGCUGCAAGUUUGACCAUCCUAUUUGGGUUCCUGAGGGUGGAAUCCCAGAUUGGAAAGAGGUUCCCCUUCCUUCUGGCAGUGAGUUACCUGAGAGACCAGGGCAACCGGAUUGUCCCUAUUUUAUGAAGACGCAAAGAUGCAAGUUUGGUUUCAAGUGCAGAUUUAAUCAUCCAAGAGAUAAAUUGGAAACGGUGGGUGCUACUGAAAAUCCUGGUGCAUUGCCAGAAAGGCCCUUUGAGCCCCAAUGUGCUUUUUACAUGAAGACUGGACAAUGUAAAUUUGGCCCAACGUGCAAAUUCCAUCACCCAAAAGAUAUCCAAAUACUGGCAGCUGGGCAAGAGAAUGGGAAUGGUGAGCAGACUGGGUCAGCAUUCAAGAGCGAGGGAGCUAAUGCAGUCACAUUCUCUCCAGCACUGUAUCAGAACACCAAAGGACUUCCUAUAAGACCGGGUGAGGUGGAUUGUCCAUUCUAUCUGAAAACUGGAAGUUGCAAGUAUGGUGCUACUUGCCGCUACAAUCAUCCGGACAGAAAUGCAUUCAUUCCUCCAGCUGCAAUAGGUGCCAUGGUAGCAUCAUCAGCUACUAAUCUGAAUAUUGGAGUUGUCAGUCCAGCUACCUCUAUAUAUCAGACUAUUGACCCCAGAUUGGCCCAGCCAAUGUUGGGAGUGGCUCCGGCUAUUUAUCCUCAACGACCUGGACAGGCGGAAUGUGAUUACUAUAUGAAGACUGGGGAGUGCAAGUUUGGAGAAAGAUGCAAGUUUGAUCACCCCAUUGAUCGAACACUCUCACUGAGUAAGCAAGCUUGUCAGCUCAGUAUUAAGCUCACUCUCGCAGGAUUACCGAGGAGAGAGGGCGCUGUUCAUUGUCCGUAUUAUAUGAAGACUGGAACGUGCAAGUACGGUUCAACAUGCAAAUUUGACCACCCCCCUCCAGGUGAAGCAAUGGCUAUUGCAUCAUCACAUUGUGGCGAAGAAGCAAAUGAUGGCGGGAAAGAGAUUGAAGGUGUUCAAAAUCAGUAGCUAUGAAGACAAAGCCUCUGUAAGGGUGAUUAUUUUCUUGGUUACUUGAUUAUGUGUUUGUGAAAUUUACUCUUCUAACAGAAAUGUCUCAGCAUCUAUAUUUAGCAAAUGUGAGGUUUCUGCAAAUCAUCUUGCCC